AUGUUUGGCUUGCCAGCACGGAAAUCCUCGCAGAGCUCGCUGCCUCCGUCGCAGUUUCGGGAUCUGGCCAGAAAUGCCAUCUACCAACAACUCCCAGUACACACGCUCGGGAAGAACUCGGCCGCUUCAAUUCGGUCGGCUCCAUCUCAGUUCAAGCAGCUCCACAAUUCCCAUUCCCUGUAUAGGCUGCUGGCGCUGAGUGUGUUCUCGUGGGGAAAGAGAUCGGUCCGUUCGGCUCCUUCGAUAUACUCAUCCUCUACGGCUACUAUCCCUGAAGAUACCGAACAAACCACCACGACGGUGGAACAACUCAUCAACGACAUUGCCUUGCAUGAAAGUUUGGCUCGCGAGGAGUAUCUUCAGGCUAAAAACGAGCAGCAGCAAUACUUCGAAUCAGAAGACGAGCAGGAAAUGUACAAAAUCUCGUUGGGCUCGGAACUUCAGUACCAAAACGUUCCAGAGUCGCUUGUGGACUGGAACCUCAAUGUGACUCGUUGCAAGCUCAUGCUUAGCCAUAUGCCCAAGGUGUCAUCGUCCCCCGAUAUCACAUAUUCCGACCAACAACUUCCCCAGCUCGUUGGCGACUUGGCUCAGAUUUGCCAGAUCAUCCUCCUACAACCGCAUAUCUCUGAUAAAGAACUCAUAUACACAUUGUACUCAUCAAAUCUUUACACAGAGCAUAAUCUCGAUAGCCUGUUCAAGAAGUCCGUGGCCGAGAUAUCUGUCAAGCAAUCAAGACUACUACAAAUCAACCAGCCCAAACGACAACUACCUUCUCCGCCUAUAACACAAGGAGAUCAAACUCAUUUGACCUUUCAAUACAAAGAAAUAGCUGUAAGGAACUACUUGGUCAACCUAGCAGCGGCCGCCACAACUGCAUACGAAUAUAAGGUAAAGAGCGACAACCUCAAGAAGGAGCUCAAAUUGCAGCAGGUUAACGGCGAAAAGAAGAAGUUGACCAAAGAUGCUAAGAAACGUCUUUGGGAUGAAGUACGUCUGGACGUUUUCCGCCGGGCUGGUUUGGAGGAAUAG